GAAAGGGGCGUGCGCGUUCGUGGGUGUGUGUGUGUGUGUGUGUUUGUUCGAACAAGGACAAGUUCAUGGAGAAAGAAACUGAUGGCACAGCUGAAUUUCCCCACUUUGAGGCAACAAAGAUUAAGUGUAUUCUAUUCUUCGUCAAAGAUACGGAAUAUUUACAGCAACGGCUUGCCAUAGCCUUCUGUCCUCAGUUCCCCAGCCAGAGAGGGGGGUGGGGGGCACCGCCGCACUUUGGCUUCCCAGCUCCGACAGCGUCACCGGUGAAACAAGAAGACGCACUCUCGGGCCGAGCCCCGUCCGCACCCACAAAGGAGAGAAGAUGUCCGAGCCCAACAAGUACCGAGAGUGGAUCCUGGAAACUAUCGACUCUCUCCGUUCGAGGAAAGCCCGUCCGGAUCUAGAAAGGAUUUGUCGAAUGGUCCGGAGGCGACACGGAUCAGACCCAGACCGAACCAGGACGGAGCUGGAAAAACUCAUCCAGGAGCAGACGGUGCUCAAAGUUAGCUACAAGGGAUCGAUAUCGUACCGAAACGCGGCCAAGGUGCAGAGGAAAAGCAGAAAACGGAGCGAGUUCGGCGGCGGCGCGGAUGCACCGAGGGAGCGGACCAAACCCGAUCAUCCGAACAACAACAACGGCGACAGCGCGCACAGCUUCACCGACCCGGAGGAGGGCGAGACGGAGCCGGAUCCCCGCGCCGAAACAUCAGUCAGCAGUCGAAACAAAAAGCUCCAGCCUGCCUCCAGCCCUGGUAGCGGAAACGGGUGCCUCAGUUGUGGCGCAACAACGAGCUGCGCUGUCGGGAGCGGCUGUGAAGAGGAGAAAGCAAGUGCAACGAGAGACAAGGGAUUAGGACAGCAGGGAGCGGGGGGCUGCCUGCCGCUCGGUUCGGGCACCGGAGACCGGAGUGAGGAUGUUCCAUCCGGCGGAGGAAAGAAGCCCUGUCUGUCUGGAGCUGACAGCCGAAGCCAAACUUACUCCGGGAGCGACAGCCCAGCCCAGACACAGAGGCAGACCGAGUCUGGCCAGCCCAAACUUCGACUCGGAGGAGGAACCACCAAAGCAGCGCACCGCCACGCCAACUCCGAGCUGCGCGAACUGGCAGCUCUGUCCGAGAAGCCCCUCCGAGCGGCAGGAGGGGGAUGUGGGGGCUCCGCCGCCGCGACCCGAGGCCACGUGAAGCCGCUGGGCUUGAAGGAGAUCUUGGGCUACCUGAGCAGCCAGGAGCGGCUGUCGGAGGAGAAGCUGACCCGAGGCAAAGUCAAAGUGGUGAUGGAGAGAGAGGUGGAGAGGGGCAGGCUGCGCAGGACGCGCUGCGGGAACAUCACUCUUCCUCUGCGGGGGAUGGAGCCGGACGAGCCCGAGCCGAGUGAUUCGUCUGCCGACAGACUUGCGAAAAGCGCACUGCAGGACAAGCGCGCAGCGAAAAAGUCCCCACCUCCAGCCCGUCCGGAGAGUGAGCCCAUGGAAACUGGCGGGGAGGGAGAGGAGGGACAGGGAGGAGAUGAGGAAGAGAAAGACAAUGAUGAAGAUGAUAAUGGUCCCAGGAGUUCUGAUGAGGAUGGAGGACUUUCCCCGGUAGCCAUGACAACCGAAGCUGGACUUGCUGAGAAAACCGGAGAAGAUGCGGGCUUUCAGAGGGAGGUGCAGGAGGAGAGCCCUCAGCGGCAGAGGGAGUAUGGAAAAGGGAUGUGUGAGCUUGAUUUUCCUCCAGAGUCCCGGUCUCCACCUACCGACGGAGCCUCGUGGUCCGAGUGUAACGGUGCCUGCUCCGAGGAGGGAGCUUUCUCCUCAGACCACCUGGGCUACACACACCAUGAUGAAAUAAACCUCACCGCCUCAAGCUUUCACAACUUGGAGUAUAAAACAGAGAUCGGCACUUCGUCCUGCAUGCUCACUCCUACCGCAUCUCCGAGGGACUCCAGCCUCCCCGAAGAACAAGGCGCUAACGACAGCAGUGGAGGGCACAUGAAGUUUGGCAGCACCAGAGUAAGCCCAAUGGAGUGGACCGUGUCUGACGUGGUCAGUUAUUUCACAGCCGUGGGUUUCCCCGAGCAGGCGGCCGCCUUCAGGGCACAGGAAAUCGACGGGAAGUCUCUCCUCCUCAUGCAACGCAACGACGUUUUGACCGGCCUGUCGAUCAAACUCGGACCCGCCCUCAAGAUCUACGAGCGUCACAUCAAGGUUCUGCAGAAAACACACUUUGAGGACAAUGACGGCUACGAAGAUGCAAAAAAUACACUCAGACUGUUAUGUUAACAUCUAAAUGUAGCUCAAGCAGUAAAAAAGUAACCAAAAAAAAGCAUGUCUUUACAUAAGGUAAUAUAAGUUUUGAGAAAAGCAUCAAGCAAACAUUGCUCAGCUUUUGUUUAGUCUGUAGGAAUUUCACAGGAUUUUCUAGGAGGAUUUUUCUACUGAAUGAAGCACAAAUGAUGGCCCAAAUAAAAGUAGAAGAUGAGAACAUUUUCAUAUGAAAAGAUCAAACACAAAAAAGCAUUUUAUUUUAUUUUUAAAAAUUGCACCACUUUUUUUUUUCUUUUUUUAUUAAUCUGUGUAAGAUAGUUUGUGUUUUUGUGCUUUGUCUUAAGCACAUCUCCUCAGAAUUCAUGAUACAUUUAAAUUUUAGCUCUGAGGUUGGACAGCUUCAUGCUUCUAGGUUUGAUUCUUCUUCAUAUGGAAGAAACGCAGUGGAAAAAAAAAUAACAGCUUAGAUAGAAGCAGAUUUUUUUAUACACCCCGAAGCUGGACUGAAGCGUUACGGUUACGUAAUUUGUGUUUAUGUCGACCCAGAACUCAUCAACACAACCAGCCGGUGUUUUCUCUCAGUGUUUUUUUAAAGGUUAUUAUUUGAGGGUUGAUGUUCUUCAUCUGUAGCAUAAAGCGUCACGUGAACAGCUGGCAAUUAAAGGUCCAUAAUGUGUUCAGUUGUUUUUGUUUAUUUUGGCUAAAAAAUCAAAUAAAAAAAGAGCCAAAAUUACGUCACAGUAUGUAAGUGUGAGCUUCUUUUGGUCUAACUGGACUCUGAUUGCUGGCAUUUGAACAUGGUGGAGAUUUCUAAGUUAGCAUACAGAGAACAGCGAUCAGUUUAUUUUACAUGUACCAUGAAAAUGCACCAAAACCAGCAGAAUGCUGUGUAUAUAUUCGCAUUGUAAAAUCCUCAUUGAACAAUAGAAUAUCAGUGAGGCAAUCAAAUAUUAAAAUGCAUUUUUAUACUCUUGGUGACGUCAUGUGAGCAGGAAACGCAUUUCCUCAGCACCCAUUCUAAGUUUUCUUAGAAAAACUUUCCUGCUUUAUUUGUCUUUUGUUUGACACAUUAGUUUGCUUUGGCAAUAAUUCCUCCUGAGACGUGUUCCUGUUUGUGCAUUUGAUCUUUCUCUACCUCUUGCUUUAUUCGUCGAUGUUGUUUUGUUUCGUUAUCAAAACGUUUUUCGUCACUUCGCCUUUUUUGAUGAGAGGAACCCGUUUGGAGAGAACAGCUGCGUUUCAGACUGUAGAAAAUGGUUGAUUUUUCUGUCAUUUGUUACUUGUUACAGAACAAUUUUAGUAAAUAAAUGCAAAAAAAAAAUAAAUAAAUAAUGC